GUUCUGUUUGAGUAUUGAUUUGUUUUGAAAAAAAUUUCCAGGCAUUAACCGAGAUUUUCAGCGGUUUUUGACAACAUUUUGGACUGAAACCAACUUUGCAAGAUGACGAAUAUUGAGCGCCAGCACGAAACUAUCAAAAAUAGUUUCUUCCAGUUCAUCAAUACUCACAUCCCGGGUGCUGAUUUGCGGAUUGUGGACGAAAUUGUGCUCUCCUACGUCAUUUCCAUCCUCGAGGAAGCUGCCCAAGAUGACUGCUUUGAGGUUGAAGAUUUUGUCGAGAUGAUGUCAGCAUAUUUCCCGAAAUUUAACUCGAUUUCAUCGAAUACGGUGAGCUCUUGGAUCAUCCAGUUGAAUGAGCAGUUGGCGAAAUGUAACACGAAUACUUCGGGGGACUCGGCUGCUGCUAAUUUGUCGUUAAACUCCCUCAGCUUAGUCGACAUGAUUCCCGCCAAAAACCUCCACGGUCGUCGCAUCUCCGAAUCCGAAUCUCAAUCUGCCGCUGCCGGAGCCAAACGCGUUCAACACAUUUCCGAAACGAGUGACGGCGGUUCCACAGACAGCUCCAAUUGCGACUUGUUCUCCGAAGAAUGCGACAUUUUGCAGGAAAUGUUUCCCGAGAGCUCCUAUCUCGAAGUCAAGCAUUGCGUCACCAUCUCCAACGGCGACAUCAACAAAGCCACACAAAUUUUGUUGCAUCGCCAAGAAACGGGCGAAUCCUUGCAUGCGACAAAAAUCCAACCGCAAAUCAAAAAACAGCCAGUUUUGGGCGACACCGAACUCAAAAACCAAAUUAUCAAUCGUUACUCGUACGUCGACAAAGUGGACAAUCGCGAAUACAAGCCGGUCGUCCCGAAAAACGAGCCGAAAAAGUUGGUGCGAUAUCGCGAUAACAAAGUUGUGUCGCUCAAGGGCGAACGGUACACGGAGGUGUCGAAACGCGGCGACGGCGAAGACACGGAGCUGAAAAAACCCAAGCGCCAACCAGUCCCGUAACUAAACGCCAAGCAGCUGCCGCAUGACGACGGUGCCAAUCCACAAAGUAAACUUAUUCCACGUGUUUGUGUGUUUUGUUCAUCAUCAACGACGACGACAGAGUCCCGAAAGUACUUACGGAGAUCGCUUUUUGCCACUUCAACUACCAAUUUUCGUAUCUCGAAAAUUUUCAUGAAUAGUAUUUUUUUAGUUUGUAAGACGAGCUUCGAGCAAUUAGUUUUAGAUAUUUUUAGAUAUAUUUUAAUUUGUGAUAUUAUUGCGACAAAAUACUUGAAUUUUGAUGCGACGCCCAAAAUUUCUUUGAAUUAUUUAACGAGCGGCAGGAACGUCAUUAAACUCUAGUCUCCAGCUGAUAGUUAGCGAUUUUGUGAUUUAUUUAUAUUUAUUAUGUUUAGUAUUAUAAUUGCGACUGUUGAUAUUAUUAAUAUUAGAAGAGAAUCGGACAAAAGAUGACAUUUGAUUUUAGAAUUUGGAAAUUUUCAAUUUUUUAUUGGAAAACUCAAAAGUCUGAGAAGAAAUUUUUUAAUAUUUUUCUACUACCAAACUCUUUUUCUAUGAGAU